AUGAGUAUCUCAGUGAACGGGCAGUCGGUGGUGCCGCCGGGGUUCCGGUUCCACCCGACAGAGGAGGAGCUGCUCACCUACUACCUCGCCAAGAAGGUGGCCUCCCAGCGCAUCGACCUCGACGUCAUCCCCGACGUCGACCUCAACAAGCUCGAGCCAUGGGACAUCCAAGAGCGGUGCAGGAUCGGCACUGGCCCGCAGAACGACUGGUACUUGUUCAGCCACAAGGACAAGAAGUACCCCACGGGGACGCGCACCAACCGCGCCACCGCUGCCGGGUUCUGGAAGGCCACCGGCCGGGACAAGGCCAUCUACUCCGCCGCCGGCUCCGGCCUAAUCGGCAUGCGCAAGACGCUCGUCUUCUACAAGGGCCGCGCCCCGCACGGCCACAAGUCCGACUGGAUCAUGCACGAGUACCGCCUCGACGACGCCGCCGCAACCCCGGGCAACAACCCAGCCAACCCAGCCGCCGGCAACGCCAACUACUACUCCGUCUCCUCAUCCCCGAUGCGCGGCGUGGCCGGGGACCAGUCGUCGGCGCAGGAGGACGGGUGGGUCAUCUGCAGGGUGUUCAAGAAGAAGAACAUCGUCGUGCAGCAGCAAGCUGGUCAGAACGGCGGCGGUGCCGCGGCGUCCAACAAGCUGGUCGUCGCUGGUGCCAUGGAGCGCAACCGGAGCAACUGCUCGCCGAUGGUGACCACCGCUAGCGACCACGCCAAGGUGACCCAGAUGCAGCAGCAUCACGACGCGCUCGACCACAUCCUCAACCAGUACAUGCAUGGCCGCUCGUCCAUGACGGCGUGCAAGCAGGAGACCAAGCCCACCAACCCAUCAUCGCCAGCGCUGGACCAACUAAUCAACAGCGCGUGCCAUAACGGCAACAGCACCCUAUACGAAAAGUUCAUGAAGCUCCCGCCGCUCGAGCACGUCGUCCCCGGCGGCCUCCUGCCGCCGCCGACCGAGUACGGCUGCGACUGGUACACUCUCGACCGGCUCGCGGCCUACGAGCUCAACGGCCUCUCCGACCCUGCGUCGGCCAAGACGAUGAAGGACAUGUCCAUCGUGGACGAGCUUGGUAGCACCACGGCUUACUCUGGCGGCGACACGCUACAGGCUUCCUCUGGCACGGGUGACGGCGACCUGUGGAGCCUGGCGCGGUCGGCGUCAUCACUACACGCCGACUUGACGAUAACAUGUUUUAACGCCGUCGGAUGCUGA